CUGGCACACUGGGUCACUGGCACACACGCAUUGAUCCGCACACCUCAGACUCCCCGAAAAGUUUUCCGUUCCUUGCAUUAUUACCUGAGGGUUCAAAGAAUCCUGGCGGACAAUCAGUAGUUACGUAUUGUUCCGCUGUUGCCAGACUGCCCACCUCGUUUGUCUGUGCUACCAACAUUUAUUUUACCUAUAGUAGCCAUAAAAUAGUAUAUAUAUUUUUUUUCCUGAUAUAAUAUAAAAUAAUAAUUCAAGGAAAUGGCGCCCACCUGGUUUGACACAGCGGCCACUCAAUGAACGUUCAACCUAGCAAACACCGGCAACUGUGCCGGCGAGGGAAGCUCCGCCGCUGGCAUCAGUCCUGCCCCGACGCUCACACGUGAGGUAACACACUGCAGGAGCCGAUAGCUGCAGCGCCUCAAACUUUCUGGAGGAGUGACUGAGCCGGGAGUAUCGGAAGGCACGCAUCAGGGAGUGGUUAGUGUUGGUCCACUCCUGGCAAGGAAAGGAAGAAGAGUCCACCGAUCGAACGAUUACAAGAUGGUGCCCAAUUACCACCAGUAGAGUGAAGCCUUGACCCGCUGCUGCACUGCUCGUCACAGAUACACGUCCGGAAGAUCGAGUUUUAGGUGUGUCGCCCAGAUGUGGUCAGACGGCACCCACCCACACGGCUUCUCCCACGCCCCAGCCCUCGACCGCCUGUGCAUCCACUCAAGACUGGGCUGCGUGCUGGCGGGCGGCUUGCGAAAAGGACGCGAGGGUGGCGCCCUGCCUUCAGCCUCAGAGGUGUCCGCGGAGGCAGCCGUCUUCGUGGCCGUCAUCGUGGUGUUCUACGCGGCCAUCAUCGUACUGCUGCUCGGCACCAACAUGCGAAGCCCCAAACACACGUCCUCCCGCCCGCCGCGCCCCCCUCGCCCCCCUCGCCCCUCCAAGCCUCGCCACCAGCUUGUCUUGAACCCACGGGACGGCUCCGUUUCCACCCAGCACACGCCCAAGAAGAGGAAGGAUUCGAGCCCCAACAACCUGCAGGGAGUCCAGAAUGUGUGAAGGGAACUUGGAGGUCAACAUCGAUUUACUUUGCAUUCAGUUUAUCUUCAUAUUUUACAAACGCCAGGCGCCAUCGUUUGAACAGAGUCACGUGAAUGUAAAGUCCAUGCUAUUUUGUGUUGUAAUAAUAAUCUGUACGCAAUUA